AUGGAUCCCCUUUCCAUCGCGAGUGCAUCGGGAAGUCUGGCUGUACUUUGUGUUCGGGUUGCAACGGCAAUUCAUGAUAUUACCAGCAGCAUCCAAAAUGUGGAUGAAAAUCUAUCAAGUCUUCGCCAAGAGUUACUCGGUCUAUCCGGAGUCUUGGAGGGCAUUGAGAAUACGUGGAAGAAGAACCACAGUCAUCUUGUCGCGUACUCGGGAGCAGAUGCUAAUCUGUGGUCAAGCAUCAGCGACAAUGUCAGCAGCGGAAGAGAAACAGUCGCAAAGCUGGAGAAAGCUUUCGCAAAAGUGACCAAGACAGGUUCAUUCAGCAACAGUUUUCUGCGAAAACCAGUCAAGGCGUUCAAGCUAAGCUUAUCGUCGGACGACAUUUCUCAAUAUCGACAGCGCAUCAACUCGCACCAAUUGGCAAUGCAGAGUGGACUGCAGAUGAUCAUCCUGUGUCUUCAAAUACAGGAAACCACGUCUACACAGAACAUGGAUACAUCUUUAUCUACCCUGGGAGUUAUGAUCAAUGCAAUAACUAAACGAUUGGAGACUCUGACAACAAAAAUGAAUGGGCCUGGCGCAUCGAGCAUUUCUCUAGGGUCUACUGGAAAGGAUGGAGUUAUUUUUAGUCUCCAAAAUAUGGCACAGGCUGCAAAAUCUCUCUACUCAAGUGCUAGCACUGUAAUUGAAGGAAAGAGAUCUACUGUCUACGAUGGAAGCAUUCUAGGAGAUCCCUUGACGGAAGAACAAUCCAAGUAUAUCAGCGACUGGAUACCACCGACCAAAGACGAUAUUCCGGAGAAGGAUACACCAAGUGAUGCUGCCCCUGCUGCCGUGGCCAACAUUGAUACAAGUACACGAAGUGAGCCAAAAGCUAACGCCAUUGCCUCCACCAAUCUUGAUUUCCUCAGCAGAGCCAUUGACACGGUUAAGAAAGCCAUCGAGUACGACAAUAAGGGCGAAUACGAGAGCGCAUAUAAGAACUACUACGCGGCACUAGAGCUCUUCAUGUUGGCGGUGAAAUGGGAAAAGAAUCCUCAGGCAAAGGAAAGGAUUCGCAAUAAGGUGGGAGAGUAUAUGGCGCGUGCUGAGAAGUUAAAGAGUUACCUAGACUCGCAGAAGUCUUCGAGGAACUCUUCUACCGUCACAGCAUCGACAUCAACAGCAGCCAGCAGCAACAGUAGUAGUACUACGGCCACUACAGCUAGUACUACUACCCUCGUUGCGACUCGUCUUCCCUUCAACCCGGGUACUCCCCAUGUCCUGCCCAUUGAGAUGAGCAGCAAGUUAUUUGUCAAUUACAUCGCGGAAACAGAGGAUAUCACCGGGGCUGAAAAUGUCCAAAUCGUCACUUCAAACGACACGCUUUGCCGUAAUAUUUCAAAAGCUUUGGAUGCUUUAUGCAUCCCACCGCUCGCGAAUCUAUUUCUUUCAGCGGUCAUCGCUCCCCGUACCGUCGAGGAUGUUCAGGGACUACUUCGCCUAUUUCAUCGAAUCAAAAUACCCGUGUGGCCAUUCUACUCCACUGAGGAAGAGGAUCUUCGGCAUGUUAUUCCACGGGUUCCAGGGAGUAUUGGUUUGGAUCUUGCGAAGUAUAUGAAGAAUAUAGUUGAAGUAAACGAGGACCAUCUUUAUGCUAUUGUCGAACCCGGGGUCUCAUACGCUGCUCUGGCUCGUGAUAUCUCACAGCGGGGACUCGAUGACCGGUUUUGGAUCGAUUGGCCCUCUUCAUCGAGGGAGCUUAUCAUCGACCAUGUUCUUGAGUCAGAGUCCGCAGCUGGAUCAUGUGGUAUGGAAAUUAUCCUGCCGAAAGGUGAUAUCUUACAAACCGGGGUCUUGAACUCCCACAAGGAACGAGGGCUACCAAAGGAUCGGACGCUUGAACAGGGCCUCGUAAAUGGAUUGAUCCCAGUGCAGUGCCUUGGGGUUAUUUCGAAGAUACUACGUUCAAAAGCAUCAGAAGGCCAGCCGUUCCUCAUAACCUUCAGCAGGAGUGACCACUUCCGACAGAUCAUCGAUGUGGCUCGAAAGCUUCACCUGAGCGGGUUGAUCCAUCACGACCUCCGUCUCCGUCAUAUUCUUCUCGAAUCAGAAGUGCUUUCUCAAGUAUCAUCGCUAGAAUCAUCCUCACCGGCACAGGCCCUGCACCUCGAUUAUUGGAAUCUCUACGGCGUCCUCAGCCAGCCAAAACCUCUACGUGCUUUAACCUGGGAGACCAUCAAAAAAUCAUUCGAGGACGAAGCAAUGGAAGCAAUAAAGUUCCAUCUUUCAGACGAAUAUUCCCCGCAAACAUCCGAGACUAUAUCCAAGAACGAGCGUGCCCUCGCUUCUCAGCAUUGA